GUCUAUGACGCGUUGUCCGUGCUCGGUCGAACCGCAUCCCAUUCGGAAUGGGCGAUCUACUAAGCCAGAGGUUCUGCACGUCUCAGUGAAACAACCAGCACCGGCGGAGAGCAAAAAGCAACUGGCGGACUGCGUAUUCUUGAGCGAUUCGGAGUCUACGUACGAUACUCAUAAAGCGUUUUCAACGCACCCUAAGCUGCAUCGCCUGGACUGCGCCGACACUCGCAGCGUUUCUGCAUGAUGGCUAACCACUCCCUCAGAUCUGUGGAUAGGUUCGCGGUCACCUUCUUGGUGGACAAUUGCAUAGAAUGGAUGACGAAGUUGCCUCCGGGCUUCACCCAUGAAGUCAAGUUGCACCUCGCAGAUAAUCCACCGAUCGACGAUGUGACCGGGGCGCCUUUCCUGGAUCUCGAAAACUAUUGUUGUGGCGCGCACGGGUUCUCAGCCCUCAUCGAGACGCAAGUCGGCGGCGAAGCGUCGCAUUUUACGCUGUUCGACACGGGCCCCGACUCGCGCGCGAUCGCGCGGAACGUCGCCGCGAUGCACAUCGACACGCACAAAAUCGAGCGGAUCAUCCUCUCGCACUGGCACUCCGACCACAGCGGCGGCAUGCUCUCCUUCCUGCGCAUCCGCACGCAGUCCGCGUCCCAGGAGGCCAGCCGCUCACCGUGCGUCGUCGACCUACACCCAGACCGCCCCGUCGCGCGCGGCAUCUCCGUCCAGGGCAAGGUGAUCGGGAGGCUGCCCAAUGACCCGACGUUUGACGAGAUUCGUGAGCUCGGCGGCGUGCCGGAGACGCAUGCGGAGGGCCAUGUGGUCGCGGAUGGUACAGUAUGGGUCAGCGGAGAGAUCCCGAGGGUGACAGACUUUGAGAGCGGUUUGCCUGGAGCCGUGAGAUGGCUCGAGAACGAGGGAAAGCCAGACUGGGUUGCCGAAGAGCACAUCAUGGAUGAGAGAUACGCUGCUAUUGAUGUUGCCGGUAAAGGGCUGGUUCUCUUCUCUGCGUGCUCUCAUGCAGGCAUUGUCAACGUAGUCAAGGAUGCAGUGGCCCAAUUCUCGAGGCCAAUCUACAUGAUCAUCGGCGGAUUACAUCUCGCAGGCACAGACCUCGUACCACGCAUCGAGCCUACCGUCGAUUUCCUGGCCAACCGCCUUCGCCCUGCGCCGACGUAUGUGCUGCCCAUGCAUUGCAGUGGUUUCGCGGCGAAGGUAGCCUUGGAGCAUGCGCUGGGAGAGGGAUGUGUCCCUGCCGGAGUUGGGCAUAAAUUCGAGGUGACGGGUGAUCGCGAAGCGGAGAAGCUCAUAUUCGCGCCAACCAUCCAGUAAGCUGGGUAUCUCUCUAGAAGUGAUUUCGAGACGCAGGUUGUACCAGUACUUGAGAUUUAUAGCAUGAGAGGCACUGGCAGAUUGUAUUAUUAAGUUGUUGUCACGUAGGAUCGAAGUUGUAGGCCAUUGGUAUACGACCGCCCUCCUCCCCUCAACAAGGUCGUGUUUAGAGUCUGCCUAGGGG